AUGAUUUCAAGUCGAAAGCGUAAAAUUUCCAGUAUUAUGACUUCCCCUGAAGAUGCGGAUUUCAGGGUGUCAAAGAAGACUGCUGGAAUGGCAACUCUGAAAACCAACCCGAAGCCUUUAAUGACAGAGAAGCUGAAGGAGAAGAACAGGGGCAUGGUUAAAUCUGAACAAUGUGGCGAAAUUGGAUCAUCUAAUAAGUUAUGUUCUUCCGCCAAAGAUGACUGCUUUGGAGCUCCAACCCUGAAAUCCGCCACCACGGCGACUUUAAAAAAGCCGCCCAGAAGAGAUGCUCAAAAGAAAUUAGUACAAGAAGAAAACCUUCCAAAGGAAUUUCAACAAAAGGACCCACUGGAAGCAGCGGAAAAAAGGAGAAAAGAACGAGAAGCUUCGAGAAGAUCAUUGGAGUUAAUGGAGAGAACCGUCCAGGUUGAUGACAAUUUUCAGCUCAUGGCCGACUUUGAGAUGCUGACGGGUUGCAGUAUUCACAACGGAUUUGGACCCGAAAUGGGUUUAAGACAACUGCAAACUGGCAAAGUUUUUCGCCCUCUAGAUUUUCUCGACGUUAUGAUGAAACAGUAA